AUGGGUCCGGAGGCCAAGAAGAGGAAGAAUCAAAAGAAGAAGCAGAAACUUAAACUGAAGAAAGCUUCAAAUAAAGAUGAGAAUACUGUAGAAGCUAGUGAGGAAGUACCUCAUGUAGAUGCUCCUCCUGCAGCAGACCUGUCAGAAUCACCUAAGAGUGCUACAAUGGGCGGUAGCGAUCUGGAUCCCGUUAUAAAAGAUGAUUCUCACGAAGAGCAAUCGAAGAACGACCCAUCAUCGCAGUCUGGAGCUGAAGAAUCUUCAAGCUCGUUAUCUGUGGAUGAUAUUCGCAAACCGAGUGAACGUGAGUUGGCUUCUCCGUACGUAGUCGAGGCCAAAGUUACGUCAGGAAACAGCGCACCUGGCGAACUAGGAAACACAGGAAUGAGCAUAGAAAGUUCGCCAAUUGAGCAAGGUAUUCGGGAGCAAAAUUUUGGAGCAGGUACAGAAGUAUUGGGUGAUGUUGAGGGCAGUGCCGAAGUCGCCGAACCAACAGGAUUGGACGCGCUCACAACGCAGUCGAGGGAAGCACAGGAGGGUGAGAUGAAUAACAAUGCAACCAAUAGUCCUAGCAGGUCGGAUGCUACUGUUGAACCUGAAAGUGAACAUAUAGUUGAGUCAAUUGAGGGCGUUGGGGCCAAAGAUGAUCAAGAGGAUUUCGAUAAAACUAGACACGACACAAGCCAAGAACAUGCGGCUACACCAGCCCUGGAACCUGUUUACAAUGUAGAGCGGAACUCAAGUAAACAGAAACCUUCGGGAUCAAAUGAUCGUGGUCAAGCUUUCAUCCAGGGCCCUACGCCUGAGACGGAAACUGACGAACGUGUCCUGGAAUCUGUUCUGCCCUCAAGGGAACCUGUCUCACCGCCUCAGCAUUUUGUUGUGAACGUACCACCUGAAGCUCGCACAGGUGAUUUUGGAGAGGCUUCAAAUUCAGCACUUAUAGGCGAGCAGCCCGUAAAAUGUAUUGACACCGGCGGAACUGAGCAUAUAAACUAUAGCGGAGUUCCUGCGAAAUAUAAAUCAGAGGAUACUUCCACGGAUGCCACAGAAAACUUGGUGACGAAUGAAGCUCUCAUCGAAAACGUGAACGUAGUCCAAUCAGAAGGGUGUACAGCUUUUUCAAAUAACGACAGAGGUGUUCAUGUAUCUUCUAAAGAAACACACGACGAUGAAAUUGCUCUCAAUGCUGAAAACAAAUCCUAUGUCCGUCCCGUCGAAGGUCACGUCGAACAUUCUGCCGAGGAUACAAGCGAAAAUUUUAAUGAGCACGCGGAGGAUUAUUCUGGACAAUUUCCUCAUGUCCCUGCUGUUCCCGUUCCUCCUUUCCAGGCUAAAGGAACGUCGUUUUCUCAAGGGGAUAAUCAGAAACCCUUACCUUGGGAAGAGGAUCAACAGGAUCAAGAGCCUUUACCUUGGGAGUCGCAGUUUUCCCAAGGGGAUAAUCAGGAACCCUUACCUUGGGAAAAGGAUCAACAGGAUCAAGAGCCUUUACCUUGGGAGUCGCAGUUUUCUCAAGGGGAUGAUCAGGAGCCCUUACCUUGGGAAAAGGACCAAGAGGAUCAAGAACCUUUACCUUGGGAGUCGCAAACCCAAGCUUUCGGCCCAGAGUUGUUGCCGAUAAACUCCGAGCCCUAUUCAAAUGACCUACCUUAUCCUUCUGACCAAGGUGAACAUAGGCCAAGCCCCAAGGAAGACCAGGCAGUAGAUGAGCUUUUCGAUAAUAACGACGAAGAAGAAGCUCUUCCGUGGAAUGUCCCUGAUGAUCGUUUGAGCUCUCCGCAGCAAGACUCUCAUAUUUCUUACCCGGGCGUUGAAUCUCAGCGCACCUCUGACUCAGACUAUAACCACGAUACUGUGCAGCCUGAGCUAAAUCUCACGGCCGCUCAAGAUGGCAGUGCCCCUACUUCAAAAUCAACUGGAACUCAUCAAGAUGAAGCAGAUUUGUCAGUUAUUCAGACUUCAAUGGAAGCCCACGAGAUGCCCAAAAAAUUCUCGUUUUUGGACAACGACGAUGACCUUUUGGAAGAUGACGACAGCUUUUUAGAUUCUGAUGAUGAUUUUCUGGCUGAGCCGGCUGAGAAGGUUUCCAGCCAUUCUCCAUCUAUGACAGGUUCGAACUCUACCGUAGACAUGUCUGUGUUGCCGCGAGCUGGAGGCACCAAGGUAUACACGCCCGCAACUCUGGAACCUCGCCCUGCCCCCGUCAUAGCACAAGCACAAUCUCAGCUUACAACUCCUGCACCCCCCCAGGCACCACUGAAUGUUAAGUCCACUCGAUACGCGCCCCCUGUAAUCGAUGGAACUGCUGCACAGUCAGCUUUCGUUUCGCCCAUCGCCACCGCAAACUCGGCGCUUCCUACCAACAUUUUGCAUCGUCAAGAACUAACUUCUAGCAAUGUUCCUGCUCCGAACGUUUAUAAAAAAUUAGACGAGGAGAAGAAAAAGUCCGAUGCGUAUGAUUUGCCGUUGGAACUUGCUCCUCGCCAGUUAAAAAAAGCAAAACAACCAAAGCCAUUUGGCGCAUCAAGCCCUGCGCUUUCAGCUACUAGUUCCUCCAACACUAUAUCACCUUUGGCAGGCAUAGCUCCCAUAAGAAAAAGUUCCGAUGGUUUAAGGGCUCAAGCGCCUAGGGGCCUGGUAGCUAAUUCGGUUAAUCAGUCUACAUCCAGCGUGGUGGCGCCUGUGAAUCCUUAUGGGCCGCCCGCGGCUUCGGCACCCCCCAAAGUGUCGAAUUCGUAUGUUCCAACGACUGCAACGAAUGAGACAGUUUCUAUGCCCUCAAAAAGGUAUGCUCCGCAAGCACAUGGCGAGCCGACAGCUAACUUGGGUGCGGUUUAUCAAAGCUCAUCCAAGACUAUGAGAUCAAGGGCGCUUAGCAACAUUUCAAAUGGAAGUGUAGGAUCCGUAGGAAGCUCCAACUCAUUCGCAAAUGCUCCCCCGAUGGACUACAAUUCUAUACUUGACUCUCGUGCACCUAUAGUACCUGCAUUGAAAACAGUUGGACUACCAAAAAUAGGUGCACCUGCACUUUCGCCCAAUACUCAGAGAAGAAGCCACGCCCGAUCAAACUCUAGUGUUUACGCUCCAGCCUAUUCCUCGAAGUAUGCCCCAACGGUUCAGCCACAAUAUCAGUUGUCACCACUCGACGAUGGAGAACCAGCCGCCACGAAUAAUAGUAUUUUACGCCCACCCACAACGCAUGCUACCAAACCCAGAGCUUCGAAAGCACCUGGACGGUCACCAAUUAUCGAAGAACAACCUAUUGACCCCAAUAUUGCAUUUCAACGUCAGUUUCCCAUUUUCAAUUGGGGUAAGUCGUCAAAACUUGUUUAUGCAGCUUCCAUAGCAGUUACGGGUGGCAAUUAUUUUUCUUCAGCGGACCUUGGCCCUGAUAUCCGCGUUUCCAGCUAUGACAGUGUUGUGAAAGCAUCCGGUUACCUCAAGGCCUUUCCUGGUCCCUUGGUGAAAGGUAAGAGUAAAGUUAGAGAAGUUCAAGACUGGAUUGACGGGGCCUGCGAAUUCUUUUCCAAAGAACAACCUCUCAAAGACCUCACGCUGUACCAAAUACUGAAGGUCAAGCUCACAGUUGGCUCAGGGCCGCAGGAGAUUGCAAAGGUGUUAUACAACUCAGAUGAGCUAUUACCUUUUCUCUCGCAACCUUCAACAAGAAAAAAGACCGCCUAUAACGCUCAGAAGUUGUGCGAAAAUGAUCAACUUAGGGUCCUAGCUGCACUGCAAACCGGUAGGCAAGAACUUGCUCUCGAACUGGCACUUUCAGAACGCGAUUUCUCUAUGGCGUUGAUUAUCAGCAGUUUGUUAGGGAAGGAAAGAUGGACGCAGGUCGUUGAUGCCUACCUUGGCCAGGAAUUCCGUUUAAGUGAUGCAACGGAUCACUCUGUCAAUCUUCUUGCUUUGAUCUUUCAAGUUUCUGUGGGCAACAGUAAACGGGCCAUCGAUGAACUAGGCACAGAUCCAGUUAAAGGAAACUGGGCUUUGAAUAAUUGGAAGGUCAUAAUUGCAGGAGUUUUGAAUAAUGUUAUUCACCAUACAAAUGAUUCUGAAUCCAGCCCUAGCGAGUUUCCCCAUCAAGCUAUGGUUUUUCUCGUGGAAUUUGGGAUUUUUCUAUCUCAAAAGGAUAUGUUUUUGGCAGGAAUAUGUUGCUUUGUCAUUGCUGACAUUCCACUAUCAUAUCAUGAGGUUAUUCAGAAGUCAGAAGUGCGCUUCUCAUCUGUCGGCAGCGAAAACUCGUUAGAAGGCGUUCUGCUAUCUGAAAUUUAUGAGUUUUAUCACUCUGUCAGAGAUCCUAAAUUCGCGCGCUUUGAUCAUUUACUACUUCAAAAACUCAUGCACUCUUCAAUUCUAUUUGAAAGUGGGAUGGCAACUGAGGCGCUGAAAUAUACUGACUUUGUCGCGUUGGGUUUAAGAAGUCUUCCAAAAAACAGUUCACUCUGUGCGACAGUAGAAUUACGUCUCAACAGUGUAUCCUCAAAACUGGCAGGGACUAGUGGCAGCUGGCUGGGGAAACCCAAACUGAGCCAAGUAUGGGGCCAGUUGGAUAAGUCCUUUAAUAAAUUUAUAGGAGGGGAUAGCGAGGAGACCAACGCUGAUGAAUCUGGGAAAAUUUUUGAAAAUUUUACUCCUAGUAGCUCCAGAAACAGCUCUAAGAUAGACUUAGCACAACAACCGCCUCAUUUCAAUCCUUCUGUUUCGAUCAAUAAUGCCGUUCCCCCGGCGUUUACUCCUAGCUUGUCAAGAACGCAAGCUCAGUCAACUUUUUCGUCAUUUGCGGGCCCAGUCAAAGUCCGCGAAUCAAAUGGCAACAUGAUCCCAGAGAACAGAGUUGAUUUACCGCAAACUUCUUGGGGCGGUACAUCAUCUUAUAAGGUACAACCAGAAGUGGUUCCAGCUUCGUUCAGUUCCCCGAACCAACCUGUUUAUUUAAAUUCUCCUGCCAGGACGAAAGACCAAUCAUCGAUAGUUAUGACUCCUCCGCCAUUAUUUUCAUCUUCCUCUUCUAAAAGAUAUAUGAGCAAAAGGGUCGGUAGCAGCGGAGAGGGCGUCUCUUCUGAUUCCCUCUUAAGGAUUGGCGAUGAGACCACCAUUCCACAAUCCCGUGGCAAAAGAUUUGCUAAGGACAACCAGUCUCUCAGUACUGAUAUGUUAGCCGAGCUCCAUGUAGCUCCUCCUCCGGCUUAUGGAGGCGCAGGAAGUUAUUCAAGCAGACGAAAUUCUACCCAGUCUCGGAGUAGUUAUCAAUCCCGUGCUUCCAAUUUCUCAUCUCCCAAACAGUCAGCCAUUGCGUGUAAUCCGCCGGGCUCUGAAUUUUCAGAAGAGGCUGUGAGGGAGAAUGAAAGCCAGGCGCGGACCGGGGGUUAUGCAACGAACUCGGAAUUGUCGCAAGCUCUGUUGGCGAAUGAUGAGCUUGAAGAUCACAGCUCUAACGACCCGGCUAUGCAAGCUUGGAGUGCGAAACAUGAGGAGGCUUUGCCUUUCGAUACCCAAUUAGAAAAUCCCAGAACAGACCGUGUUAUGAGGUCCCAAUCCUCAAAGAUCCAAGGACAAUCAGAGGAUGCAAACGAAACUGAAAAUCAAGACUUGAGAGAGUCGCAGAUAAAUCUUCAGCCUCCAAAAAUAGCGACCACCAACGAAGAGAUACCUGCACAUGAGAUGGAAGUCUCCAGUGCUAGUAGAAGCGACACUGAGCCGGCCAAAAUGCAUAUACUGCCAUCAACUGUCUCAAAGAACCCAUAUGCACCAGUUCCAACAGAUAAAAAACCUAAAUCGACGUACAAUCCGUAUGCUCCUGUUGCAGCUCAGUCCGAUUCGGUGAGUAUGGAACAACCUUCUAUGCAGCCAUUGCUUCAAAAUAAUCCGAGUGAAGAGCUAGAUUUCUUUGCUUACGGUGGUUAUAAUGUGAAAGAAAUCACUCCCUUAGAAGAAGAUCAAGGUCGGGUAGAGAUCGCGAGUGACUUCGAUGCAUCACAUCAAAAUGUCCAGGAGACUUUGAAGGACGUCGAAAAUAAUGAUACCAAUUAUACUGAUCAGCUCUUUGAGCGAGAUGGCUACAAGUCUGAUUCUGCUCCUUUGCUUUCUUCAUCGAAACUGUCUGUUGAGGAACCUCGCUUUGCACCAGCCGCAAAGCUGAGGACGUCCUCGAAGGCCGCAGAUGGUGAUGAGAUCUUCAAUACUCAGGCACCCGUCAUACGACCUUCUUCGAACCCAAACUUCAAGCCAUUUACUCCUGCCUCAACUCCAGGCGUUGAAGACUAUUAUGAGGAUAUCAUCGAAAACGCUUCUGAGGAGGAUGAAGAGGAUGCUGCUGAAGCGGCGAGAGCCGAACGAGAAGCGAGGGAAAAAGAUGCCAAGGAAGAGGCAAGAAAUAAGGAAAAGAAAGCAAAGGGAAAUCAAGACAAAAACCAAAACAAUGCCUCGUGGUUCGGGUGGCUACGGAAGGAUCCUAACGAGAAAAAAGCCGUGAAGGCAAAGUUAGGACACCAGAACACAUUUUAUUACGAUGAAAAGCUACAGCGAUGGGUCAACAAAAAUGCUACCGAAGAGGAAAAACAACAGGUAUCAACCCCACCCCCUCCACCUCCUAUCAUCAAAAAGAAGGUCGAAAGUUCUCCUAAAGUGAAGCCCCGUUCAGGUUCAGUGGCAGGUGGUGCUUCGGCUCGAACAACGUCCUCCAUUUCACCUACAACAAUUUCCAUGAAUAAAGAAAUCAUUUCUCCACCCAUUGGAACGAACGACAUUCCUAAGAGUGGUACACCAUCUAUUAAUCCUAGCGUAAGUCUUUCAAGUAAGAAGGCCAAUGGUUUGGAUGAUCUGAUGUCUCUUGUGGGAAACUCAAGUGGCCAGACUACUAGAAAGAAGAAAAAGGGUACUCGUGGCUAUGUCAAUGUGAUGAACAAUUUAUAG